UUGAGCGAUGGCACAGAUUCACAGUUCUGCAUAGCAGCUUGGUUUAUCAGCAGUGAGACAGGAGACGAAACUGCACUACCCGCCACGCCAUGAGAGGUAAGCUGGAGAUUUUAGCCCUGGUCCUGGGCUUCAUUGGCCUGGCUGGGACUAUUGCCAUCACCGCCAUGCCCAUGUGGAGGGUCUCUGCCUUCAUUGGUGCCAAUCUCAUUGUCAUGGAGGAACUGUGGGAAGGCCUGUGGAUGAACUGCUGGAGACAGGCCGACAUCAGGAUGCAGUGCAAGGUGUACGACUCGUUGCUAAUCCUCUCGCCAGAGCUGCAGGCAGCUAGAGGGCUCAUGUGUGUCUCCAUAAUUCUGGCUGCCAUCUCCUUAUUUGUCACUGGAUGUGGAACCCGGAGGAGCAACUUUGUUGGUGACAACACAAAGUGCAAGGCCAUCACAUUGGCGAUAGGAGGGUGCUUGUUCCUGCUCUCCUGUCUGACCACACUCAUCCCCGUCUGCUGGGUGGCCCACACCGUCAUCCACAACUUCUACAACCCGCAGGUGGAGGAUGCUCGGAAACGGGAGCUGGGGAGCGCGCUCUACGUCGGCUGGGCCACUUCUGGUGUUCUGCUGAUUACCGCAAUUAUCAUUCUGUUCAGUUACUGCAAACAUAGAUCAAAGGAGGAAGAAGCCUACGCUGCUCCGUAUCUCACAGAGUUGGGGGAUGUUCCUGAAGGGAGCAGCAUCUACCGCGACAAAGCACCCUCCAGCUUCCAUAAGCAUCACGAAUAUGUGUAAACGACUGUACGGUUUUGCAUGUGUUAUUUUUUUUAAAUUCAAAAAGGUUAUUGCCUCAGGAAGGUAAUGAUGUAUUUUUAUGAUAUAAUAAUGAUUGGUUGCCAAUUCUGUAUGAAUUAAUGUGCACAUUUAAAUCACUGACUGUAAAAAUGUUGAUUAUCCUUUGUGUCUCUUAUUGAACUGUAAAAGUAUCCAUAUACUUGUGUUUUACUGCUUCAUAGUUGCAAGAAAUGACCAGGUUUACUUGUUGAAUAUGUAAAACUAUAAACAAGCUCAUCUCUUAUCAUCUUUUAUACAAUCCAACACGGCCAUGUCAGAUGCUCAGUUGUUGUUGAUGCUAUUUGUUUAAGCCUGAAAAUGUUCAACCUAGUCAAAAGAUUAUUCAAUAAAGAUUUGAUUCUGCA